AUGGCCGGCGGAAAGCCUGACGACAGCAUCCCCUCUGACCUUGUUAAAAUCGGCUCCUUCACGGAUCCUCACCCCGCCAUCACGGCUGCCUUGACGAUGGCUUCCCCCACGGACAACCAGCCCAACAGCAACAACUCCGACCCUCCUCCACCCCUGCCCGCGCAGCUCGACCAGCCCACCCCAGCCGAAGACCUCGCCCUCGACAAUUGGAUCAAGCGCAACCCCGCCUACCUCUCCGCCAUCCCCUGGCACAAGUACGCCAACCUGCCCGUCCUGGCCUGGCUCUGGGGCUACGCCGACUGCGAGUUCCGCAACGAGUGCAUCUCGACCUACAUGUUCUACACGCGCGCUACCGGCCGCAAGCUGACAGAGGACGAGCGCGACGCGGUGCUCGAGCCCGUGACGCGCUCGUCGGCCGCCGCGAGCUACGACCGCCCCAUCGCGCUCGGCCUGGGCUCGUGGCUGACGGCGCGCAGCUGGAGCAAGAGCGGGGUCAAGGAGGCCUUCCGGAGGGCGGCCGAGGCAGCUGCGGCUGCGCCAACCGCCAUGGGCGGCGGGCUGGGUACCGGCAGAGUCGGCGCGGACGGCCACAUCACGCACUUCUCGACGCCUCAGCAGCACGCGGGCACCACGGGUCGGUUCGGCUUCGGCACGGGAGGCAUCAACAGAGGCAAGGCCUUUGGUCAGCUCCUCAGAAGGGCUGGCAGGGCGUCGGUGCCCGGCAUGCUGUGCUUCGUGGGCCUCCAGGUGCUCAGCGAGCCCUACCGGAUGUACCUGAGCGACAACGAGAGCUGGUCCAUGCACCAGGACAUCCGCCUCAUGCACCUGGCUGAGGACAUGGACAAGAACCUGUCCAAGAGGGUCGGUGAUAUAGAAGAUCUCCUUCGCCGCAGGGGCUUUUAG